GGUCGAGCUAGCAGAUAGCAGACAAUAGCAGAAUUAUAUUUCGACGAAGUGGUAUUAUCGCGCAUCUGUCACUUGUUCUAAAACGGUAAAAUUUGCGACGCGGCAUGGUGAUCAGUGCUCACAGAUAAAAUACGAGGAUAGUUUUCCUUAAAAAUGAUUGUCACGAUGCCAUGGAGAAAUUUCCACUGAAGGGUACAGCGUUUUUGAACUCUACAAUCUCUCACUCAAAUGCAAAUGCUACAACAUAUCAUUCUGUUGAUGCAAAGAACAUAAAGUAUGGUGAUACUACUAAAACAGAAGAUGUACGACUACGAACCGGAAGACGCGAGACAAAUUUAAACAGCGAUGAUGACAUGCUAGAUAUCAAUCAUCACAUGUCUCAUCAUUUGGAUAAUAAUAUGUUAUCAGAUUGUGUUCGCAUCGACGAUGCAUCUUCCCAUAUUUCAGUUGACUCCGAUGAUAUACCCGGCAUCGGGCAGUACGAUGAUUUUCAUACUAUCGAUUGGCAGCGGGAUAUCGCACGUGAUCGGAUGCGGCAUCGUUAUAUCGUGAAGAAGAAACACGAUUCCAUCUGGGGUCUGAUAAAGGGGGCUCACGAUGCAUGGUCCGGAUGGCUAUGCGUCUUACUAGUUGGACUUUUUACGGGUGUGGCCGCUGGUGUUAUAGAUAUUGGCGCUUCCUGGAUGACGGAUCUGAAAUUCGGUAUCUGUCCGCAAGCUUUCUGGUUAAAUAAGGAGCAAUGUUGUUGGAGUUACAACGAAACUACAUUUGAUGGCGGAAAUUGCUCACAGUGGUGGACAUGGCCCGAGCUAUUCAAUCAAUCAAAAGAUGGUGCAGGACCUUAUACAAUUUCAUACUUAUUUUAUACAGCAUGGGCCCUUCUAUUUGCAGCACUUUCUGCAUCUUUAGUACGAAUGUUUGCACCAUACGCUUGUGGUUCUGGAAUACCUGAGAUAAAAACGAUUUUGAGUGGUUUUAUUAUUCGUGGAUAUUUGGGUAAAUGGACACUGAUUAUUAAAUCAGUAGGCCUGAUCCUUUCUGUAUCGGCGGGCUUAAGCUUGGGAAAAGAAGGCCCUAUGGUGCACAUUGCAUGCUGUAUAGGAAAUAUAUUUUCUUAUCUAUUUCCAAAGUAUGGUAGGAAUGAAGCGAAAAAGAGAGAAAUUUUAUCUGCCGCAGCUGCAGCAGGAGUUUCCGUCGCUUUUGGAGCUCCGAUUGGCGGCGUUCUAUUUAGCUUAGAAGAGGUCAGCUAUUAUUUUCCACUAAAAACCUUAUGGCGAUCCUUCUUCUGUGCUUUAAUAGCUGCUUUUGUACUGCGUUCUAUAAAUCCAUUUGGAAAUGAACAUUCUGUAUUGUUUUACGUAGAAUAUAAUAAACCUUGGAUAUUUUUUGAAUUAAUCCCUUUUGUCAUACUCGGUAUAAUUGGAGGUAUAAUAGCAACAUUAUUUAUCAAAGCAAAUUUAUUUUGGUGCCGAUAUCGCAAAACUUCAAAAUUAGGACAAUAUCCCGUAACUGAAGUGUUGAUAGUAACAGUUGUAACGGCAGUCAUCGGAUAUCCUAAUCCAUAUACGAGGAUGAGUACCAGUCAACUCAUUUAUUUAUUAUUCAGCCAAUGCGGGGUAUCGAAUGCAGACAUGUUAUGUGACUACAAUAGAAAUUUUACCGCCGUAAAAUCAGCAAUCGAAAUUGCUGCAGCUGGCCCUGGAGUCUACAAAGCUAUAUGGCUACUUGUACUGGCACUGAUACUGAAACUGAUUAUGACGAUCUUCACAUUCGGCAUGAAAGUACCAUGCGGUUUAUUUAUUCCGUCUCUAUGUCUCGGAGCGAUAAUGGGUCGAAUUGUGGGUAUAGGAAUGGAGCAGCUUGCGUACAAUUAUCCUCACAUAUGGAUGUUUAGCGAAGAAUGUUCCAUGGGUGUCGAUUGUAUUACACCUGGGUUAUAUGCGAUGGUCGGGGCCGCCGCUGUUCUCGGAGGCGUGACCAGAAUGACAGUCUCUUUAGUCGUCAUUAUGUUUGAAUUAACCGGUGGUGUGCGGUACAUUGUACCUUUAAUGGCUGCGGCCAUGGCGAGUAAAUGGGUCGGCGAUGCACUCGGAAAACAAGGCAUUUAUGAUGCUCAUAUCGGUUUAAAUGGAUAUCCAUUUCUGGAUAGCAAAGAUGAAUUUCAACAUACGACUUUGGCGGCAGACGUUAUGCAACCCAAACGAAACGAAACUCUUCACGUCCUUACUCAAGAUUCAAUGACAGUUGAAGAUGUAGAGAACUUGCUUAAGGAAACUGAGCAUAACGGCUUUCCCGUAAUAGUGUCUAAGGAAUCUCAAUAUCUCGUUGGUUUCGUUUUACGACGAGAUCUCAAUCUUGCUAUUGCUAAUGCCAAGAGGAUGAUCGAGGACAUCAGCAGGCAGUCGUUAGUUAUUUUUACUAACGGAAAUAAUGUCCAAAGCCAUUCGCCUCCGCCUUUAAAAUUAAAAAAAAUCUUAGACAUGGCCCCUAUCACUAUCACAGACCAAACUCCUAUGGAAACUGUAGUUGAUAUGUUUAGAAAAUUAGGAUUACGCCAAACUCUUGUUACACAUAACGGGCGACUUCUAGGUGUAAUAACAAAAAAAGAUGUUUUGAGGCAUGUGAAGCAGCUCGACAAUGAAGAUCCAAAUUCUGUUUUAUUUAAUUAAAAAGUGCGCUGCGACAGCCAACUUGAAAUUAUCAAUUCAAUUCAUAACAAUAGCAGCAUAAUAACGAACAACUUACAUAUACAUAUAUAUAUACACAGAGAGAUAAUUUAUAUUAAUUAUUAAUUU